AGACAUGGCAUACAGGAAAGUGCGUGCAGGCCAUGGUUCUCUCCGUGUGCGGGAUCUGGAGAACGAGGAGCUCCACACGGCUUCCCUGGAGCUAGAAUGGGACAUGGAGAAGGAGCUGGAGGAACCGGGUCUCGACCGCUUCCAACUGGAGUGUGUGGAGCAUCAGCCCGUCAGCAGCUCUUCAGGUGGGACCAUGGACCCAGACCUGGAACCAAUUCAACCAUCCGUCUCCCCUCACGGACGCUUUGAGAGGCUCCAGGAGGACCCGAAUUACGUUACUCGAUUCAGCCGGACGGUUCCCAAGGGUCAGAGACAAAAUUGGACCUGUGUGGCCAAAUACCUGCUAGUAGGAGUGUGUGUGUUUGCUGCGGGACUGCUCAUUGGACGAUACACAUUCAGCAGGGUGCAAGUGAAGGAAGAGCCGAUUGCAGACACAGACGUACUGGAGAAGAUUGGUCUGGGAAUCACAGCAGAAAAGAUACAGGCACUGCAGAGGGACUUUGACAGCUUGUCAGAUCUUACCGAAGAGUCCAAGGUCAAAUAUAUUGCACAGCGGUGGAAGGAGAUUGGCUUGAAGGAUGUCCAAGUUACCAAACACAUGGCCCUUCUGAGCCAUCCUGGACCCGUUCUCAGUACCAUUGUUGAUAAGAGCGGAAACCAGUGCUAUCUGCCCAGCGGAGCGAGAUGUGAGAAGCAGUUCACAACCACAAGUGAGGCUUUUGCCUUUGCGGCCUACUCUGCAGUGGGCAAUAUAGUGGCAGAGGUGGUGGAUGUUCAGUAUGGAAGCCCUGAGGAUUUGAGACACGUCCAAGCUAGUACAAAUGUGACCAAUAAAAUUGCAUUGCUAAAACUCGGAGGAGCACCUUUGCUUUACAAGCUGUCUCUGUUGGUAGAGCUGGGGUUUGCUGGCUGUCUUCUUUAUGUGGAUCCUUGUGAUGGCUCAUUUGGGUAUAAGACCUUUGGGGUGACACUGAACCCAGGUGGGAACCCGUCUUUUCCAAAAGACCCCAGAGUUGUCGGCAGAGACAAUCUCUACAACCUGACAUCAUUGCUGGUUCAGCCUAUAUCUGCCUCAUUGGCAAAAAUGCUGCUCUCUGCCUCAGCCAUGGGGCAAGGAAGACCCUGCGUCCCUAUGAUCAUGCCCCCCACUUCAGCACGAAAAAUCAUAAAUCUCACCAUUGAAAACCAGGUAUCCUUCAAGGCAGUGCACAAUGUAAUGGGAUAUCUCAAAGGCAAGACCAAUCCAGAUCGAUAUGUCCUGGUUGGCAGUCGUCAUGGCAGCUGGUAUGAGGGUGCGUUGGCGGACUGGGGAAAUGGUUCUGCAGUCAUGACUCAGAUCAUUGCCUUUAUGAUGGCUCAAACCCGUGUAGGCUGGCGACCGGACCGUACCAUCGUCUUCUGCUCCUGGGGGGGGACUUCUUUGGGCAAUAUUGGCUCCUAUGAGUGGGGAAAGGAGAAUGCACUGGUGCUACAGAGCAGGGCUGUGGCUUAUGUCAGCCUGCACAGUCCCAUGACAAACUCUGGAUCCCUGCAGGCCACAGCGUCACCUUCCCUUCUGCAACUGGCAGGAGAAAUACAAAAGGUACUUUCUAUUAAAUAUUCAUUGAUGUUCACAUAGGACUUAAACAUUUACAUAAAACAAGGAUGCAUGUUAUAAUAGUCAACUGUUACAGAAACAUGCAGUGUCAUUAAGACUG